AAUAUGCACAUAAGCCUUCGUGCUGCUGCUGCUGCUGCUGUUGGGUGGGGGGGGGGAAGGGUCAGUGUGUGGAGGGGAGGGGUGCGCAUGCGUGCUGCGUGGCGGGGCUGAAUGUUUCCCAAGUGUUUGAAACUGGUAUUUGGGUUUUCCACGUUGGAUCAAGUGCGGCGUAUAGCGAGAGGGGAGGCUGCAUUAAUAUAACCGGGGACGGGAGCAACGGCGGCGAGAAGAGCGUGGAAGGAAGGAGAGAGGCUCGGAGCGGCGCACGGAGGAGCUGCUGCUUCUGUCAGACACUUUGCACAACAGAUUUUGUUUCCAGAUUGUUUCGGAGGAUCUGGUUUGAGCCCCCCCUCCCUGCCUCCCCCUUCGCACACACAAAUCCCUCUGAUUGUUCCUACCACCUCCUUCGUGAGUUACCCACAACGACAGCCAUUCAAUCAGCUGCUGCUGGCGGUGGGGACUAGCGGAGGGUGCGUGUCUCUCUCUCUCUCUCGGCGUUCACAGGAGAGGAGUCAGAUGUAGCUUCUCUCGGUUUUGGGGAGCUCCAGAGAGAGGUGGGCAGGGAGCGAGCCGGGCAGAUUGGGGCUGUCGUCUUUGGAGCGAGCAGCCCUCCGUCUCGCAGAGAAGGGGGGAGGAAGACUGUUUGUCUUGCCGGAUGAAAAUGUUGAGUCCUGCAAACGGAGAGCAGCUUCACCUCGUGAACUAUGUGGAGGAUUAUCUGGACUCCAUCGAGUCUCUGCCUUUCGAUCUGCAGAGAAAUGUCUCCCUGAUGAGGGAAAUUGACGCCAAAUAUCAAGAGAUCUUAAAGGAGCUGGAUGAUUAUUAUGAAAAGUUCAAACGAGAGACCGAUGCAGUGCAAAAGAGAAGACUGUUGCAUUGCAUACAGAGAGCACUGAUCAGGAGUCAGGAACUGGGAGAUGAAAAGAUCCAAAUUGUCAGUCAGAUGGUGGAGCUUGUUGAGAAUAGAACCAGGCAAGUGGACAGUCAUGUGGAACUAUUUGAGACCUGUCAAGAGACUAAUGAGACCACUGGAAACAGUGGCAAAGCCAGCCAAGAUAAAUCAAAGAAUGAGACAAUCACUCAGGCUGAAAAGCCCAACAAUAAGAGGUCGAGGAGGCAAAGAAAUAAUGAAAAUCGAGAAAACGCUUCUAAUAAUCAUGAUCAUGAUGACAUCACCUCAGGAAUGCCAAAGGAGAAGAAAGCAAAAACAUCCAAGAAAAAGAAGAGGUCUAAGGCUAAAGCAGAGAGGGAGGCUUCCCCUGCGGAUCUUCCUAUUGAUCCCAAUGAGCCAACAUACUGCUUGUGUAAUCAAGUCUCCUAUGGAGAAAUGAUAGGAUGUGAUAAUGAUGAGUGCCCAAUUGAGUGGUUUCAUUUUUCAUGUGUGGGACUCAAUCAUAAACCAAAGGGCAAAUGGUACUGCCCUAAAUGUAGAGGAGAAAAUGAGAAAACUAUGGACAAGGCACUGGAGAAAUCUAAAAAAGAAAGGGCCUACAACAGGUAGUUUGUAGACUCUUGAUUGUGAAGAAAGAUAAAAAACCAACCAACCAACCAGUGUAUUUAUUGUCAGUGUCACCUUUGUUGAGGUGCAAGGAUUGUGAAAUGUAUAUUUUUAAAGGAGGUUAGAAACUAAACCAUUCCUGUUAUAGGGACGGCAAUAAGAGCAAUUUUGUUUUUCCAUUUGAUACAGCUGUAAAAAGAAAGUGGUCUGGCGACCAACAUUAAUAAACAUGUAAUAAGAGUUUAAAUUUAGUGUUCAGAUAGAUCUAAAGACAAUAUAAUAUUUCUUUUUUGUGCUGGUAGCACUAUACCCAUUAACAUUUAGAUAACAAAUAUUGCUUAAAUGUAAUUUCAUUUUUCUUUAUAGAGGAAUGUUAUUUACCUUUCCAGCAAACUGUCUAAUAUUUAGCCAUCCAGUUGUAUUUGAAUAAAAUGACAGUACAUUACAAAUUUAAUUUCUUUCAGUGAUGACCAAUGCAAGAUCAAACAAGAAGGUAAAAUAUGACUUCUGCUACAGAGUGUGUCAGUAUAACAGUUCAAUAACGAAUGUUUAAAUAGCGUUAGAAGAUUAUUUUUUAAAAAAGUAAAUGGUUAAAUUUUACAUGACAAAUAUUUUAUAUACUGGCCGAGUACCACAAGGGCCAUUUUAAAAUGAUUGAGUACAUUUUAUAUUUAACCAGGAAGUGGUUUAGUAAUGAAACUUAACAUAAAUCAAGCUUUAUACUGUCACAGAUAAUAGUGUAGCAAUCUUUAAUUUGUAUAAGGUGUAUAAAUGUAAAUUUUUAAGUGGAGUUGCACUUACUGUAUUAUAAUCGGAAAUGCAGCCAAAUGCCAUUGUGUAUCCAAUGUGCAUUUCCUUCUGUAUGUAUGAAAAUUGUACAGCUGUGAUAUUAAGAAAUAAAUGAAAAAACUUA